AAGCAAGCAAGCAAGAAAGAAGAAGAAGAAGAAGAAGCACAGACAGAUCCGUUUUUUUCGCACACACACACAACAACGUUGGCUUCUGUUGGUGUGUUGCGGAUGCGAUAGUGGGCUGACUGAGAGGAGAGUGAUUUGAUUGGUGCGCCUUGUUGGCGAGCAAAGAAGACGAAGAACAGCAACAACAACAACCUGCAACCUGCACGGUAAACCAAGCCAACAGCCGGCACAAGGCACUGGAGUUGUGUGGCACAGCCACAGCCACAGCCCGAGCCACAGACAGAAAGCGAGCUGUACGUGUACAGCUCAGCAUCAUCCACAUCGCCAUCGGCAUUGUCAUUGUCAUUGGAGACGUUUGAAACAAGAGGCAAACCCACACACACCAAGCACACACGCACACGAAACAGGCAGCUCCUUCUUGUUGCGAGCAAUCCCACUCCCCCACUCCCCUGUGAACCGCGAUUCCCGUAUUCUGAACCAGUAGCACCAGCCAUGUCGGUGGUGUUCCGGCCAAAGAGCCGGCCAACCAUCACGGUGGGCAUGGAGCCGAAGGACAAGAUGGCGUCGCUGCGGCGCUUCUCCAAGAUCUCGGGCCUCUCUGUGGAGUCCGUGGUCGAUGCAGCGCCAGAUCCGCUCGACGACCGCCACGGCACCCAGGACCUUGCGCGGCUCUCCGAGCUCAACGAAGAGAACAUCCUCAAGGAGCUCAAGCUCAGGUAUCUGUACGACCUCAUCUACACAAACGUCGGCGACAUCCUGAUUGCCGUCAAUCCUUUUCACUCCAUAUCCGGCCUCUACGGAGAGGAGGCGAAUCACCGCUAUCUGCACACGUCGCCGCCAUGUGACAUCCCACACGUCUUCCGCGUGGCACAGAGCGCAUACAAGAUGCUCCUCGCAAACCACAAAAACCAGUGCUGCGUGAUUAGCGGGGAGAGCGGCGCGGGAAAGACAGAGACGGCCAAGUUGAUUGUGGAGCAUCUCCUGUCCAUGUGCAAAGGCACCGGCGCCCUCGAGCAGCGCAUCGUGGAGGUGAACCCGCUGCUCGAGGCGUUUGGCAAUGCCAAGACGGUCAUCAACGACAACUCGUCGCGCUUUGGAAAAUUCCUGGAGAUCAAGUUUGGCUACUUUGGCGAGGUGCUCGGUGCGCACCUGGCCGAGUAUCUUCUGGAGAAGUCGCGUGUCGUGCGGCAGGCGGACGGCGAGCAGAACUUCCACGUCUUCUACUACAUCUUCGGCGGCGCUCCGCAGGACACCAAGGAGCGCUUUGGCUUCUCAGACAUCACCGACUUCCACUACCUGCGCGGCGGCCACAAGCACCUCACCCGCGAUGUGGCCAUCGACCUUGAUGUGCCUGCGCUGACUGCGCAGUACCACAGCCUGCUGGAGGUCAUGGAGGGAAUCGGUUUCACCCACGAGGAAGCAGAGUCCAUGCACGGCAUCAUUGCGGCUGUGUUGCAUCUUGGAAAUGUGGACUUCUACGAGGCAGACUCAAGCUUUGCUGAAAUCUCAACAGACAGCCCCAUCAAGACAGUUGCGCAUCUGCUGGGGCUGCCUGUGGACACGCUGUGCCCGAUGCUGGUGUCGACGACGACAGUGAUGCGCGGCGAGCUCCUCAGGAAAAACUUCAACGUCGAAAAGGCCGAGGACAACCGCGACGCACUUGCAAAGGCAAUGUACGGGCGGCUGUUUGCGUGGAUUGUGAGCAAAGCGAAUGCGCUGCUGAAACCGCGCGGCCCGGCAUACGAGCGCUCAAAGAGCAUCCAAGGCGGCAUCUCAGAGGUUGGCAUCCUGGACAUUUUUGGCUUUGAGAACUUUGAGAACAACUCGUUUGAGCAGUUUUGCAUCAACACGGCCAACGAGCAGCUGCAGUAUUACUUCAACCAGCACAUCUUCGCCUGGGAACAAAGUCUCUACGAGGAGGAGGCACUCCCGCUCACAGCCAUCAAGUACAAGGACAAUGCGGGUCUGCUUGACAUGAUUCUCGGCAAACCCCUCGGCCUCUUUGCGCUCCUUGAUGAGGAGUCAAAUUUCCCCCGCGCCUCCCCAACCAGCCUGCAUCGCAAGUUCAUCAAGGCCAAGGACUCAUGUGCUUGGAAAGGGCUCUCGCUGCCUGAGACGAGCCACCAGCGGCGACCGACAAUAGCGAUGCGCGGGCGCAAGGGAGACACAAUCACGCCCUCGGAGACAAAGGGGUUUGGACCGUUCUUCGUCAUCCACCACUACGCAGGCAACGUCGUGUACGACUGCCACUCCUUCCUGGAGAAGAACCGCGACACGCUGUCCCAGCUCGUCAUCACGAACAUGCGGGAGUCGCGCUUCGUGUUUCUGGCCAAUCUGUUCCGGGAGAAGAUGACGCGUACGGGCUCAAUGCGCCGCCCGCCAGGCAGCAGCCGUGCUAGUGGUAGGCGCCGUCCGACUCUGAGAGACAACGCAAAGCUCUCCGUGUCCGCCAAUUUCAAAAACUCGCUCCUGGACCUCAUGCACAAGAUGCAGCAUGCACAACCACACUUUGUCCGGUGCAUCAAGCCCAACGACCAGAAGAUCGCGCACAGCUUUGUCGGGGAGCGGGUGAAGCAGCAGCUGCGAUACACGGGCGUCCUGGAGACGACACGCAUUCGCCGUGACGGCUUCUCCAUCCGUAUGCCCUUUGCAGACUUCCUCAACAAGUACCAGACGCUUGGGUUCAAAGGCUCUGAACUGCGGGACUGGACGGAGGUUGAGGACACGAGCGAGCUCAGGGUGGCCUGCCAGCGCAUCAUCAAGCGAUGCAGCCUCAAGGGCGCACAGCUCGGGCUGACGCUUGUGUUCCUGAAGUACUACCACGGCGAGAAGCUGAUGCUGCUGAUGGAGAAGCAGGUGGCGAUGGCCACGGUGCUGACGAAGAAUGCGCGCCGGCUGCUGGCUGUGCGCGCCCUGGCCCGCCUGAAGAAGGAGAAGGAGAGACGCGAGGCCGAAGAACGCGCACGCAGGGAGCGCGAAGAGGCAGAACGCAUCGCGCAGGAGCGAAUCCGCAAAGAGCGGGAAGCGGCUGAAGCGGCGGCGCGGGAAGCAGAAGAGGUCGCACGCCGUGCUGCCGCGGCCGAGGCCGCCACGCUGAAGCGCAAGCAGCUGCGCGACGCCCAGCUCGCCAAAGAGCGCGCAGAGGCUGCGCGCCAGGCUGCGCUUGCGGCGGAGGAGGAGGCGCGGCGUGAGCUCGAGGAGCGGGUGCAGCGGGAGCGGGCGGACGAGGAGAAGCGAGCAGAAGAAGAACGCGCACAACAAGAGGCAGAGCAGAGGGAGAGGGACGAGCGCAGGAAACGCCUGGAGGAAGAGUACAUGAAGGCAAAGAAGAACAGCAGGCGGGACAGCAUCGUCUCUAUUGGCUCCGUCGUCGGCACCGUUGGCCCCAAACACGGCAAACGGCUCGGCGCAGGCGGCGACGAUACGGACGAGGAGGAUGGCGAUGCGUUUGCGCUUGUGUUUGAUGACGAGGACCUGAGCCCCGAGGAGCGCGAAGAGCUUCGUAUGCGCGCUGCCGAGCGGCGCUUGGCAGAACAGCGGCGGCAGCAGCAGCUGAAGGAAGAGCACGAGAGGCAGCGCCGCCAGGAGGAGGAGGAACACAUGCGCAAGCUGAGGGAGAUUCAGGAGUAUGAGGAGCAGCAGAAGCGCAAGCGCGACGAGGAGCUGACGAAGGAGCUGGACGCGUGCAACGAACGUGUGCAGGCGCUCGACUUUGGCUCGUUUGCGUUUGGCGGUGGCGGCGGCGGUGGUCUGUUCGGCACCACGCCCACCGCGACGAAGAAGGAGGAUGACGCCGAGGAACAGAAGAAGAAGAAGCAGCAGCAGCAGCAGCAGCAGCAGCAAGAAAAUGAAGCCAAGAAGAAGGAAGAACAGGAGGCGCAGGCGCAGGCAGCUGAGGACAAGACCUCAACAGCGAAGCGUGGUGGCGGUUUCCUGGGCCUGUUCAAGAAGAGCUCGCCUGCUUCCUCACCGCCCAAAACCAAGCCUUCCUCCAAUGAUACAGCCACACCAGCAUCAACAACAUCAUCAACAUCAACAUCAGCUGCAGCUUCAUCUGAGCGCGUUGAGCGCCGCAAGAGCACCAAGUCGCCUGUGCCUCCACCGGUGAAGCCACGGCCGUCAUCACAGCUCCGAGCAGCAUCGCCGUCUCUCCUCUCGUCGUCAUCGUCGUCGUCGCUGGCGUCGUCUGCAGCCUCUGCAACAACAGCUGCUACAGCAACGCCCGGUGCGCCCGUUCCGAAACCGAAGCCGCGACCAAAGCCAAAGCCGCGCACGGGCCGCUCAGCCACAGUGUCCACGGGCGUGCCCACACCAACACACCGACCACAGCAGCAGCAGCAACAACAACAACAGCAGGGGCAGGCAGCAACAGCGGCGACUGCAGCGGCGGCAAAGGCGAGCGAAACAUCAACACCAGCACCAGCACCAGCAGCACCAGCGCCAGCACCAGCACGGCGACAGACAACAGCAGGAGACGGCGCGCCGCGGAGGCGAAAGCUGGUGCGCGGCGGGAACAAGAAGGAAGCACCUGUGCUGCCGGAGUUCAAGCAGGCUGUCGAUGCGCUAGCGGACCUGGAGAAGUACCUUGAUCCGUGGACGUCAACGGUGCGCAUUCGCCCGUCGCGCAGUGCCCCGUCCGCUGUUGCCGUUGCCGGGCCCGUGCAGGCCGGGGCACACGCCGAAGACACGCGCCCAAGUGGUGAUGACAACGCUGGCAGCGCGAAGACAGACGAUGCCGCAAACGAGAGAAGGCAUGAUGGCGACAGCAGCAGCGAUGACAAGACGGAUCGCGGCGGUGAGGGGCGAACGCCGCCACCGGUGUCGCCGAAACCAGCGCGGCGGGCAGGGCAGCUGUCUGCGGAGACGAAAGGGACGUCCACCAUCUCCAUUGGCGGCGAACUUGGGUCCUCAUCCACAACGUCGCAGCCAGCGACACCGACCGUCGCAGCAGCAGCCACAGCAAGAGCCACCACCACAACAGCGACCACAGCAACAGCCUCAGGAACAACCGCAACAACAACCACAACAACAACAACAACAGCGACAGCAACCAUGGCGGUGGCUGGGAGUGCGGAUGAGCCGAAGCCGAGGCGACGCAAGCUGGUGCGUGGCGGCAACGCCCACAAGCCAAAGGUGCUGCCGGAGUUUGCGGACGCCAUGUCCGCGCUGGAGGACUUGGAGUCACAUCUGAAUCCCUGGCAGAACACGGUGCGCAUCAAACUCGGGCGGUCGCGGCCCACGGACUCCAACGAGAACUGCUCAUCUACGGACGAUGUGCCACAGGCCGGGCCCGUGGCUGCAGGCAAGGUGCCGUCGCCUCUGGCAGCGGCGCGUGCAGCGGUGAUGAAGAGCGAGGGCGGCAGUGCAUCCACUCAUGACGGUGAUGACGGUGAUGAUGGUGGUGAUGGUGGUGAUGGUGAUGGUGCUUCGCGCCUGGAUGCGGCGACGAGCAGUGCUGGCAGCGGAGAGAUUCGCACGAACAUCUUCAACCCGGCAGCGCACACGCACCAGCGCACCGUGUCCAUGGACGAUGAGCUGAGUGUUUCAGAGGAGAAGCCCAUCCCACGACACCACGCAGCCACGUCCGCUGCAGCCGGCAAAGCGGCCAACGGCCCGACACCGUCAGCAUCAGCGUCAUCGUCGUCACCAGCGUCGGCAGCCAAGCCCGCAGGCCCGCGGAGGCGAAAGCUGGUGCGUGGCGGUAACAAGAAGGAGGCACCUGUGCUGCCCGAGUUUCGGGAAGCGAUGGAUGCACUGGCAGAUCUCAACGGGUUCCUGGAACGGGAGGAGUCUGUCACAGACAUGCUGACCAGUUCGACCGACAACGACGUCCUAGGAGGUGUUGAUGGGCGGCGGCGGACCAGCUCAGCCCGCAAACGCGCGACUGCCGAGGAAGUGGAGGCGCUCUCGGGCGUGCUGAUGGUCUCUGGCUCGUCCGCCAGCAGCGGUGCAAGCAACGGCGCAGGCACCAGCCCGGACAGCCACCGCGCAGGCGCUCGCGGUGGCCAUGACAACGCCGAAGGUGCUGUCGAUGAUGACGACGAUGAUGACGACGAUGGGGAGGAGAACAUUGACAGCAGGCAGCGGGAGGGCGUGUCCAUGCGCAAGGACAGCACGAAGCGCGGGAACCGACGCGCGAUAUCAGAGGCGCAGAAACUGGAAUGGCGCAAAUCAGUUCGGAAAGCGUCCAAGUCAUUGCGGCUGGAGCACGCCGACAACAUGGGCGCCAUUGACGUCGACGGUCAAGUGCUGCGACCCGAAGAUCUCCUCUCGCUGGAUGAGAGCCGCCGCGUUGCGCUGCUCAACCUCGUCAAGCGUGGCGAACUCACCGUGCAGGAGGCCUUGGCUCAUGUUGCGGAGACGAAGCAGAGGAGCAACUGCGUUCUUCAGUGAUUGUUGUGGCUAGCUAGCUUGAUGUCACCUCCACCAAACCGCACCCACUUCACAUACACACACACACACUUUACAUACACACGCACUUUUCGCUCAUUCCCUGUCGCGUUUUGUUGACUUUGCCACCACGGUUACUUUAGUGUUUUGUCGUCCUUUAACUGCUUCUCUUGCCACUCUCCAUCGUUCAUCCUUGCUUCUCUGUUACGUUUCCACCUCACCUCAAGCGCAAGCACGCAAGCAGGCCGGCGCUUUGCUUGGUCUGGUUCGCUUUCUUUCCUCACCCUCCCUUCACAGACAAACGCAGCGAGCAGGUGGUGGUUGUUGGCAACACGUGCUGUUAAUGUUAAACGCUGGCUGGACUUGGUGCUUGGUGCGUGCUUGUUUAUGUGACUCAGACACUGUGAAAACAAGAGGUAACGAAAUGAAAUUGACACCACA